AUGGAGAAAUAUGGAACAAGUUACACAGAAAAUACUUUUAAUCCAUCAAUUUCAUCCAUAGAAGAAGUAGAGAUCAUUAGAUAUGAUGUCGAAAGAAAGUUAUUAAAAAAAGAAGUUGCAUUGGCCCAAAUUGGAAGCAAAAUUGGGAGCGGUGGGAUGAGGUCGGCAUACCAUUUGACCCUAGUAAAAUCAAAUAUUAAAUGUGUUUUAAAGAUUCAAAAACACUCACCUUUGGGGUUCAAGGAUUUAAUUAGAGAUAAUCUAUCUGCUGAAACUGCUCAUAAGUAUGCUAAAUUAUUUAAUGAUAAAAAUCCACCAAAGAAGAUUACAAUUAAUAGACCUUUUAUACUAUGUUUUAUAAAUAGGCCAGGUAGACCCAUAGCACAAAUAGAAUUGUUUUUAGAGGGUAGUUAUAAAAAAUAUAAUACAAAUACUGGAUAUGUCGAUAAUGAUAGAAAUACACCUCAAGCAUUCAGUCAUUUUACAUUUGUGGCAUCAAAUAAAACUGAAUUAGUUGUUGAUAUUCAAGGAGUCAAUGAUUGCUAUACAGAUUUACAAAUUCAUACAAAAGAACCAAAUAAAUAUGGACAAGGGAACCUUGGUCAAAAAGGAAUUGAUUCUUUUUUUCAAUCUCAUAAAUGUAAUCCUAUUUGCAAGUGGCUUGGAAUUUCUCAAAACCAAACCAAUCAAAUAUCAAGAAAGCCUUCAAAUCAUUAUGAAAAUCAAAAUAAUUUAAAUAAUAGCAAUAAUAGUAAUAAUAGUAAUAAUAGUAAUAAAAGUAGUAAUAGUAAUAAUAUGAAUAAUAUGAAUAAUAUGAAUAAUAACAUGAAUAUGAUUAAUAAUUUUAGCAGUAAUAAUUAUAACAAUAAUAAUGUUUAUAACAAUUAUAAUAUGAACAAUAAUAACUGUUUUGACUAUAACCAGAAUUUUUAUUAUCAACAACCACCAAUACAACCAAAGUACGAUAUUAAUAUAAAUUUAAAUAAUCAAAAUUACCCUCUAUUACAACACAAUCAGUACAACCAUUUUGUUCAGCAAUUCCCCCCAAAUUUUAAUAAUAAUCUUUUUAACUCCAAUAAUAAUCUACAGGUAACACCCCAAAUGUAUCAGCCAUAUGAUCGAACAACCUUUCAAAAUGAACCACAGGCCUUAUGGUUACCGCAACUUCAGCAAAAUUUAAAACAGGAAAUUAACCAUUAUCAACAAAAACAACAAUAUGAUGUUCAAGUAUUACCACCCCAAUAUAAAGACAUUAAACAAAAAUUACCACAUAAAAAACAUAUUUUAAACGCAGAACAUAAACAUAUAUUUGGACUAUUAGAUAAAAGUAAAUAUCUUUGUGUUUUUUGUCAAAAACAAUUUAAUAGUGAAAUGUAUAUGUGCAUUAGUUGUAAAUUAACUUGUUGUGAUAAUUGCUCAUCAAUUUUAAAUAUAAUGGAUUUGUAA